GUCUGAAUGUUGAUUCCUUAUCAUAUGAUAUUUAUGCUGUAACGCAUAUAGAAUUUUGAUGUUUUCUUCAUCAAUUAAAAUUAUCACUUUAAUUUUAUCAUAAUGUUUAAAAAUUCAAGACAAGCAUCAAAACCUGUAUCCGAACUGUCGACAACAAUCGAGUCGGCAACAAGACGUGAAUGGAAUGAAUUAUCAUGGGAGGAGAUGAGCUUUCCUGCAACAAAUCGUUUACCGGCCGAAGAGACAUCAGAAAAUAUGUCAACAUUCACUCAAAUUAAAACUGGUCAAAUUAAAAAUCGAUCGACAAGCCGUGAAUCUAUGCAGGCAAAAAUUGAAGAAACGAUUGAAUCGUUGCAAGAGGAACUUGGAAAUGAUGAUAGUGAACCCAACCCUGAAGUUCAAACAGAAUGGAGCGUCGAGCGCAUACGAAGUAAAAAACUUGUUAACGGAAUCGUCGCUUAUGAAGCUAAAUGGGAGGGUUGGGAUGAAGCGGAUAAUACUAUUGAAAAGCUCGAACAUCUGGAUAAUUCAUUAAUUUUAGUCAAAUCGUUUGAGAAUUCACAUUUUAUCACUCAAAAUUCACGACAUCCAGAUGUUCAAACGGUUCAUUCAUAUAAAGAUAAAAGCAUUUUACAUAAUGCGUUACUUUGGCGAAAAUUAGUUCAUUUAAUCGAACCAGAAGAAAUAUUGGCCAUUGAUUUUGCCACUCGACAGCUUUUAGUUUCAUUCAAAAACGUUGGAGAAGUAGCGCUGGUUGAUGUGAAUAAUUUUAUUAAAGAUAAAAAACGAGCUUCAAUGUUCAUAAAAUUCAUUCAUGAUCAUCCGAAAGAAUUCAAAGCGCCACACAUUCCAUCGCUACCAUCCAUUUUGUAAUGAUAGAUGAUGAAUGGGUUUAUUCAUUAAAAUGAUC